AUGGCUAGCAUAAACCAUGAUUUCGCCAAUUUUCGGCCCCCUCUCUUCCUCUUUCUCUCGCUUCUCUGGCUCCUGGCGGGCGCCGACAACACGGUUGCGGGCUUACGAACGAAUCGGCGCCCGCUCUCUCGCGAAGCUUCAGUCGCUGACGUGGUGCCCGCCGCCUGCAGCGGCGCUGUGCUGAAUCCUUAUUGUUCUUUUUUCCAUCAUCUUUCGUGGGCGCCGCGCUGCGCGACUGCGAAUUGUCAAGAGACCUCGGAUCCGCCCACGCAAAGAGAACCUCGAGACGCUCUCGAUCGCGCUCGCCAUUCAGCUACGCCGCUUCGCCCCGUCGGCUCGGGAUUUCUCGCUGAUUGGGAGUUCAGCGCAGCUCUGCAUGCCGUCGAAGCGGCUGCAGAGGAGAAAGGCGCCAGGUGGAGUCGGCAAGCCGUCCUCCCUCCGCCCUCUCGCGUUCAUCUUUUGCCUUUCAACGGGUUCGUUCGUGGACACGGACGAUCGAGGCCGCCCUUAUUUCUCGACGCGACCUUGUCUCCAGCGAGCUUGCUGUCUUCUGAUUUUGCCUCGUUCUCGUCUCUCGCAACGACGCAGCUGCAUCGCAUCCCUCCCUUCCUCUCCGCAGGCCAGGCGCAGCGCGUUGGGGACGAUUCACCCUCACUCGCGCACGGCGUCGCCGCGUUCUGUCCCGCUUCUUCUUCUAGUCGACGUCAGAAGCAGCGAAUGCCGCCAUGGCGAGCAAGCGCCCUCGAUCUUUUUCCGUCUGCGGCCGGUUGGAAGGGCAGCGAAAGAAGACAAAAGGGUCCUUCCGGCGCACGCCCUCUCGGGCUCCGUAGCGCCUUCCUGCACAGCAGAGACGCUGCGGACGCGUGUGGCGCGGCAGCCCUCCCUUCGUUGUUUCUUGCCUCUGCCUCGUCCUCUCGCCGGUAUCUCCUUCCGUCGCGGCGAAUUACCCAUGGCGCGUUUGGAGUCGACGGGCGCGUUUUCUGCAGCAGACUGUGGGAAGAAGCGCGGGCGCGGGGGGCGGCUCGUGCGACCCUGGAGCAGACGGCAGGGCGUGCGUCGCCAGACUCUUUAGACUCAAGCGUCGCCUCGCCCUCUCCUUCUGCGCUUUCGCUUGCGAUAUCGCCCUUCACUUCGGCCUCCGCAGCGCGUCCCAAUCGUCACCGCUCGGCGGAAGGCCUGCCUUGCGCGCGGCGCGCGGAGAAGCGAAGGCGCAACGCGCGGGGGGUGGGCGGCCGCGAGGGGCGACAGCCAAGCGGCAAACCGACAGCCUCAGGCGCCGCGCCAGCCGGAACGCGGAGAUGCAGGGCGGACGCAGAAGGACUUGCGAACGCAGCAGAUGCUGCCUGCGGGGACGAAGAAGGCCACAACCGCUCGCCACGUCGCCCGUGCUUCCUCGCCUGGCGCGGGGACUCCCCUCCGGACGCAGGGCGACGGCUGCGAAGCGGGCGCAGGCGCGCCGAGCUGCGGGCGGAAGAAACAGAAGAAGCGGCGACGGCUGGCGGAGUGCAGCAGACCGAGGGAGAAGACGAAGAUGGCGAAGAAGGCGACGAAGAAGACGACGGAGACGAAGAUGCGUCUUGGCGCGAUGGGGACUUCGCGGCGCCUCUCGCGGGUGGGGAACGUUCUCCCGAGGACGAGCGGGAAAGGGCUGCCGCGCUCACACGUCUGCGAGAAGCAAGACGACGCGACCCCGAGACGCCGCGAGAAAAAACAGACGCCGACGGCGCCAGUCCCGCGUGGUCGCGGCCAGCCCCGUGGAUCCGACGCCCGCGAGGCGGCAGACGCGCGGAGCUGCAGCUGGCUGACGAGGCAGACGCGUGGGAAGAAGAGGAAGCAGACGAUGCAGAGACCGAGACAGCGGAAGAACGCGGCUACGGACUGGACACGCCGCGGGCGCUCGAGCAAAGCGACGGCGAAGCUAGGCGAGGGGGGGGAAGCGAUCGAGAGUCUCGCGCGCUGGAGGGAGACAGGCAGCUCUCCAGUCCGCGGCCGUCACCUCAGCAGCUUAUUCGUCGCGAUGACACUUUUCCGCGCAUCUGCCUGCUGGGGCGACCGAACGUCGGCAAAAGCACGCUCUUUAACAGGUUGAAGGACAGGGACGAUGCAGCCUCCGAUGCGAUUGUUCGCGACGAGGAAGGAACAACGCGAGACCGCCACUACGCCUUCUCGCUCUGGCGCGGUCGCCCCUUCGUUGUCGUCGACACUGGCGGGCUUAUAUUCGAGGAAGACCGCUACGCUGCAGCGCUCUACGCCGACGAGAUUCGGACUCAAGUGCAGCUCGCCCUGCAGGAAGCCGCGUGCGCGAUCUUCGUCGUCGACGGCCGACACGGCCUCGAUGGAGAGGACGAGGUGAUUGCGGAGUUCCUCCGCCGCUCCGGGAAGCCCGCGGUCGUUUGCGUCAACAAGAGCGAAAAUUACCGCUCGGGGCGGGCGGCCGCGCAGGAAUUCUGGAAGCUGGGGCUCGGCGAGCCUUUCCCCUGUAGCGCCGUGGAAGGCGUCGGCGUCGCGGAUCUUCUUGAUGCCUGCUUCCGGCACGUUCCGCCGCUGGAGGCCUCGUCGCAGAGACUGACGCGGGGCGACACGAUAAGAACCGCAGAAGGCACGGCAGAGCCCAACAGCGCGACCGCACGCGGCGACCGCGCGCGGACGCGCCAGGGAAGAUGGCGGGGGCUCGAGGAGGCGCUCGGCGGCUCGAGUUUCGCCAGGGAAGACGUGAGUGUGGCAAUCAUCGGCAGGCCGAACGUCGGCAAAUCGCAGCUGCUCAACCGGCUGCUGGGGUUCACGCGGAGCCUCGUAAGCGCCGAGGCGGGCACCACUCGCGACGCCGUCGACGAGCUCGUCAAACGAGACUCUCUCGUGUAUCGCCUCAUCGACACUGCGGGCAUUCGGCGGGCGCGCGUGGUGAAGGCCCAGAAAGGCACGGAGUUUGUCAUGGUGAAGCGCGCCGAGAGGGCGCUGGCGAGGUGCGACGUGUGUCUGCUCGUCUGCGACGCGGAGCGCGGCCUCGUAAAGCAGGAUGUGCUGCUGGCGAAAAAGAUUGCGGAAGAAGGUCGCGCUGCGGUCAUCGUCAUGAACAAAUGGGACACAGUCGACACUGCCGCCACAUCGCAUCAGGAGGUCGACACUUACAUCCGGUCGGUGUUCUACCCGCUGCGAUGGGCUUCAAUCGUGUACGUCUCCGCCAAGACCGGCAAAAACGCAGCUCGUAUCUGGGCGGCAGUCAACGAAGCUGUUCAACAGCACCGGAGGCGACUGGGAACGGGUCUGUUGAACUUCGUACUCCGGGACGCGCUCGCGGUGCAUCCGCCUCCUCUCAUGAAGGGGAGAAAGCGAGGAAAGAUCUACGUCGCGCAGCAGGCGUCCACCCAGCCUCCGACAAUCGUGGUGUUUUGCAAUAAAGCGGACUACUUUCCUGAGGUGUACCGCCUCUACCUAGAUUACUCCACGCGCACAGCCUUCAAUUUUCACCAUACGCCAAUCACGUGGAUAUUUCGCGAAAAACGACGCCGCCAGCUGGAAAAGGUUUCUCGCUCGAGGGCGACAUAA